GGGCUUAUUUUCUUCCAUCUUUGCAUUGCUUAUAGCAUUACCGAUUACUUAGCGAGAACAUGAAAGGUGAGGUUGAAUUAGUUGCUUAAAUAGCGACAAUCACUCAUAGCGAGGCACAGGAUGGAUUGACCACUUCUCAAAUAAAUACAUCGUUUGCGGAAAGCUUGUUGAGAAUGACGCUGCGUGAUUGAAUUCUGCAUCAUGUCGCGGGCAUCUCUCGCGUUGAAUCCGUUUAAAGUGGAUCAUGUACUUGCAGCGUCGACGAGUCUAUGCCAUUUCCUGCUUUCGUAUUGUUCAUAUCUAUGUACUAUAGUGUCGAGGUUGUUUAUGUUACAUUGUUACACAUGUAUGGAUUUGAUAACGACAUUAAUACCGAAACGCGAUCGGGUGAUGACUGCGUUAACGCCGUUUAUUGAUCGCGAACGACGCACAACUCUUGCAGAACCAAGAUCCCAUAACACCUGACUCAUGGACGUCGACGAUGAUGACUUUUUCACGAACCUCGACCGACCAGGCCGUGCUGCUAACAAUAAUACCUUUCAGGAGCGACUUCGUCGAGCCUCACGAGAUGACGACGGUGCAGAAAUACCAGAUGCACCUCCCUUCAUGUUCGAGGAAGAGGAAGAAACGCCACUACAGCAACUCAUAAGACAUUGGAUGAACGAGCGGCACUCGCCUGAUAUUCUCCCAAAUGAAGGAGAGUUAUUGGCAGGACUGCUUGACCACAUCAGGAGUCAGUCUGAGACCGUACAGCUCCUUCGCACAGACCCCUCAUCCUCUGAGGAAGAGCACUUUCGCAUCGUGCUCGUUCAGACGGAGGUAGAGCGAGUCAAAUUCAUAGUGAGGUCAUACCUCCGUACCCGUCUAUUCAAGAUCGAGAAGUUUGCUCGGUAUAUCAUGACCAACCCUCAAGUCCAGCAGCAACUCUCAGAAAGUGAAGUCGAGCACGCGCGUCGGUUUGCCCGUUUGACUGAUCAACAUUUCUACCAUUCGGUUCUGCAGAGUUUGCCAGAGACCCAGCAGACCCUUGAUGAUCAACCUCCUUUUGUACCUUCUAUGGUUACUGAACCAGAUAAGGGUCGUGCAGUCUUUGUACUUGCUCGACAAGACUGUCCACCAGUGCGACUGCCAGAUGGGACCGCAUUAGAUAUGCGGAAAGGACAUAUAUCUUUGACCCCGUAUUCGGUGGUGGAGCAAUUGGUUGCUCGAGGGGAGGCAGAACUUGUGUAG